AAUUUUGACAAUCAUCCUCUAAUCUCCUUCCUGUGUGUGUCAAAUAACUUUAUUUCUCUUUAUUAAAUUGUUGAUUACAACAAGGAAAAUAGAAUAUUAUUGAUUUAUUUCUAACCAACUGUAAGCGGUAACCCAAACUAACAAAAUGAUGGACUGCGUAGAAGACACUAAUCAUGAUCCUCUGUCAGCUCCAACGCCACAAACCCCUGGCUCCGCAGACCCUAAACUGGAUAAGAAGAAGCCCAAUGAAAAUGUUUGCUUAGCCGAUAACAGCCUGCUGGUGGACAUAUCAGAUGCUCUAAGCGAGAAAGAAAAAGUAAAAUUCACAGUGCACACUAAAACAACGUUGCCAGAGUUCCAAAAGUCUGAGUUCAUAGUUGUGCGGCAACAUGAAGAGUUUGUGUGGCUGCAUGACAGAUAUGAGGAGAAUGAAGAGUAUGCUGGAUAUAUUAUCCCCCCGGCGCCUCCGCGGCCGGACUUCGACGCGUCUCGAGAGAAGCUGCAGCGCCUCGGCGAGGGGGAAGGCGCCCUCACCCGCGAGGAGUUCCUCAAGAUGAAGGAGGAACUUGAGGAUGAAUAUCUAGCAACAUUCAAGAAGACGGUAGCAAUGCACGAAGUAUUUCUGCAACGCCUCGCCGCACACCCGGUGUUUAGGAACGACUCUCACCUGCGCGUGUUCUUAGAGUACGAGCAAGAUUUGUGCGCUAAGCCUAGAGGCAGGAUGGAUCUGAUUGGUGGCUUGAUGCGUUCAAUGACAACAACAACUGACGAGAUAUACUUAGGAGCGACGGUUCGGGACGUGAACGAUUUUUUCGAGCAAGAGACGACGUUCCUACAAGAGUACUACUCGCACCUCAAAGAGGCAGUCGUGAAAGUUGACCGCAUGACUACUAAGCAUAAAGAGGUAGCAGACGCCCACAUAAGACUGUCAUCUUGCAUCACACAGUUAGCCACGCGGGAACAGCCCCCCACUGAGAGAUUCCUCACCAGAGCCGCCGAGACCUUUGACAAGUGCAGGAAAAUCGAGGGUCGCAUGGCGUCAGACCAGGACCUGAAGCUAGCUGAUACUCUGAGGUAUUACAUGAGAGAUGCCCACGCUGCCAAGGCUGUUCUCGUCAGGAGACUCAGAUGUUUAGCUGCAUAUGAAGCCGCUAACAGGAAUCUUGAGAAGGCCAGAGCUAAGAAUAAGGAUGUACAUGCGGCGGAACAAGCGCAAGCCGACGCGUGCGCUCGUUUCGAGCAGCUGUCGGCUCGCGCCCGGGAAGAGAUCAUCGACUUCCGCACACGACGAGUCGCUGCUUUUAAGAAGAGCCUCCUGGACUUAGCGGAAUUGGAGAUCAAACACGCCAGAUCCCAACAGGAAUUGUUUAGGAAAUCUCUGCAAGUUCUAAAGGAAUGUUAAAUAUUAAUAAUACAUUGCGUAUGCUACUGUAUACUUAUAAAUAUACUUUAUAUUCCAUGAGAUUCAUGAACUGAAGGACUGGGCUGGUUCAGUAAUCGAUACUAUAAUAAUCGAAUAUUUUGGGAAUCGAUAUAUCGUAUCGAUAAAAUAUGACAACAAUGUCUAGAACAUAGUACAUCGACCUAAAUCAUCUGCCUAGCCUUUUCCCAACUAGGUUGGGGUCGGCUUCCAGUCUAACCGGAUGUAGCUGAGUACCAGUGCUUUACAAGGUACUCAAUUGAUUUAAAUCAGUCUGUCAAAUUUCUUCAAUAGAUUUUUAACCAAAUUUUUGGUAAAAUUUGACAGAUUCGAAUAGGUUGAUCUGCUGACAUCUGUGUAACCCAGUGAUCUCUCGAGUUUCAAUCGAUCUUUUAACAAGUUUCGAAUAUUAUGUAAUCGAUUUCAAGUUAAGGAAUGUCUUGUACUGAUGGAAUGAUAAUCGAGUGAUCUUUUAGAUAAUUUCUUAAUAUCGAUUGUAAUCUCAAUUGACAAAGAAAAGAGUCGAUUAGAAUAUCCUAUAUACAGGAUGUUCUAUGCUAAAUAUCGCUGGUAUCGAUUAAAAUCGGUAAAUAUCAAGUAUUACAAUAUCUUCUGCAGUCCAGUCCGACAAUGUUUUUUUUUUAUUAUUAUUUUUAAUAUUAAUUAUUCAAACGUUUACGAAUAAACUAUGAGUCAUUAGAAAUGUUUUUCAAAUAUAUCGUUGUAUGUAGUUAAAAGUGAGUAUAAGCAGUUUUUUUUUUCAGACUGAAAAAUCAUCUAUAGAAUUGUAUGGUAUAAAUAAUCUAUUAAUUUCUGCAUAUAGAAUUUAGUCUAUGUGCAGAAAUUAUAAAUUACAGAAUAUUUUUCAGUAAUAAAUAGCAUUUCUUCAUUAAUAUAUGCAUUUUAGUUAGACUGUAUUAUUUUCAAUAAUUUGUAUAGUUAUAAAUGUAUUUUUCACUUUGGCAACACAGGAAAUUAAAAGUCUAAUCUAAGAUUAGUAAAGUCGUUCUUUUUUUUAUAUGCGGUGCAAAUAUUUUUUACUGAUUUUUUUUUUUUAUUAUGUUUAGGGCCGAUUUUUCAAUCACUAGAUAAGUUUUAUCCGAAGUAUAAAAAUCCGAAAUAUGUUUGUCGUUUUGACAGCUUUUCUAUAGAAGAUUAGCUUCCAUCCGCGAUUUCACCCGCGUUCCGUGGAAACUACUGCCCGUACCGAAAUAAAGUAUAGGCUAUAUUACUCAUGAAUAGGUUAGCUUUCCAACAGUGAAGAAAUUUUAAAAAUCUAAACGGCUAAAUUUAUUCCUCAGAUAGAAGUUAAAUGGCGAUUGUGAAAUCGGUCCCUAAUAGGUUAAUGUUUAGUUACAACGUCAAACGUGGACCAAAAUUAGUUUUUUGCUUUGUAUUGCUUUUUUUAUGCACUCCUUAUAAGGUUCGUAAUACCAAAAUCAUGCUCGUUAUGCACUGUCUUUUUUGUAGGGCUCAGAAAAAUUAAAAUGGCGGGCCCUUUUUUGAACUUUGAAAAUGAAGACCACUGGGUUCUACUCUCGAAUUAAAGAUUCUAUCAUGUUUAUUAAAUUACGACGAUAAAAAUGUUGGUGUUAACCAUACUUACCGUUUUCAUUAAAGCUUCUAAAAAUAUGUUGGCAGAGGCUCAUUUAAAUAACUGUAAAUUAUCUACUUAAAGUAUUUGAUUUGAGAAUAAUAAAAUAUUAAAAAACCUUUUUCACAACUAUUCCCGAAAAAUUAUAUAAUGGGUUAUUUUCAAAUUUUAUCUCAGGAAAGCGGAUGACCCGUACUUGUGUGGGUAAAUGUACAUGCAUAUUGUCUUUGUAUGACUCGGCGACUCGACCACUACUGAGCGCUCCCGAGCUUACACAUACAAAGACAAUUUGCAUGUACAUUUACACACACUAAUAUAGCUCACCCGCUUUCGUGAAAUAAAAAUUCUGUAUAUCAAAAUUGUAUUGAAUAUUUUUCCACACGUUUUUUUUUUGCAAAAUUAUAUAUGUAAAGCAAAAAUCAUCCUAUUCGAUGUUAAGUUUUAACUAAAUCACUUGUUUUGGCUAUGCAAUUUAAAUAGGUACAUAUUUUGGAGCGACUCUUUGUGUAAGACAAGAUUCUGCAAGAAAUCUUGGCAAGAACAGUUUUUGUUUUUGAUUAAUUAUUCAGAAAGAUUCUUGCAUCGUAGUCCGAGUUUCUUGUAUAACAGACCGAGAUUUUUGCAUCAUUGACCAAGUUUUUUGCUUCAUAGACCGAGUUUGUUGUGUAAGUCCGAGUUUCUUGCAUCAUAGACCGAGUAUCUUGUGUUAAGUCCGAGUUUCUUGCAUAAUAGACCGAGUUUCUUGUGUUAAGUCCGAGUUUUAAUGCGUCAUGGUCCGAGAUUCUUGCAUUCUUGCCUUGCGUCAAACGGUCGCUGUAACCAAAGUCUUCGUACUACAUGUAUGUAAAGUGUAAGAGAAAUGUGUUAUUUUUAAAUGUUUAUAUUUUAAGAAAAUAUAUGAGUAUCCUUAUUUA